CUUACUGGGCAAAUGUGAACAUAAAUAAAUCGUGAGGACCAAUUGUAUCUGUUAGUUAAAAAUGUUAUGCUUCAAUGUAAAACGAAGUUUUAGAUUGAUGAUAUUUACGAGGGGCGGCGAAGACCGCAUCACUCUCCUACUUGUAUUCGGUUUCAGGACACAGUUUGUGUAUUUCUUGCUGUAAUGUAACAAUUGACGGCAAUCGAAGCAUUAAAAUCACGAUGCAACGUUUUGUUGGGAUGCUGGACUCCUCCUGACGCAGAUGCAAACAGCAGAGGACACUGCUAGCUGUUAGCUGUAGCUACAUUGUUGUUAGCAUACUCGCUGCCGCCUAAAAAGCGUCAUUGAACCCAAACCGUCUUCUCCCUCGCUCGGUGACGUAAAGAUGACAUCGGCUUCUACCAAAGUAGGAGAAAUCUUCUCUGCAGCUGGUGCUGCUUUCACCAGACUUGGGGAACUCACCAUGCAGCUUCACCCAAUGGCCGAGUCCAACCCUGCAAGUGGUCAGACAAAGAACCCAGUGAAGAGGAAGUAUGACGAGAUGCCUCGGACCUGCAUCGCCGGCCCACAAAAGGCAGUGAAAAAAGCGGUCAUCUCCGCUGGCGUCGCCAUGGUGACAUCGGGCACUCCCGCCGCCACCCUAUCUGUGCCCACGCCUCACGUUGUCACAGCAACAGUCCAGCAAAGCAGCCAGCCCGCCACAAAGAAGCGGAAAAUGGCAGAUGUGACCCUCAGUGCUCUGAAUGACUCGGACGUCAACAGCGAUCUUGUGGAUAUUGAAGGACUGGGCGAAGCAUCCACCUCCAAAAAGAUCAACUUCGAUCAAGAUACCUUAAACUUGGACUCCGGUCUCAUCAUGAACUCCAGCGAUCUUCCUCUGCUGUCCCACUGACCCUCCCCGAAAAGGAGUCAUCAAGCAAGCAAAGACAUUAGCGCGAACAUUCCUUGUAUUUAUUAUUGUCUUGCUUUGUGACAUUUCCCUUUUAUUUCUCAAAGAGAAAAAACAAUUCCAGACGACAGUUUGUUUUGAAUUAUCCAAUAACAGCAAUUUAUUUGUAAAUCUGAGACAUUUUCAAGUAAUAACACGGAAUAGAUUUUGCAUGACAUUGUUACUGGGUGGGUACAGUUUUUGCAAGAAUUGUACAAUACGCUGGUGAUACUGUAGUGCAGGUGUGUCCAAAUAUUUUCUACCGCACUCCAAAAUUGGAAAAAAAUGCAAGAGGUGGGACUUAAAAACAUUUUGUACAGUAAAGAUGCUAAAAACCAAUCCAAUGUAUGUCAAUAAGAUAUCUCAACAAAACAUACACACUUUUGCAAUGUUGUAUAAGUGACAAAGCAAGUUUGUGUAAUACUAUCAAAUAUUUCAAUUACAAUUUUUUUUUUUUGCAAUAUGCAUAAGAAGAAAAAGACAAAAAAUGGCCACACUGGAGACACUCUAGUGUAAUAAUGUUGUUACGUCAUAGAACUGAUUGCCUACAUGCUGCAUUUUGACAUUCGAUUUUUCACAUUUUCUGAGUACGUAUUGUUUAGAAAAGCUUCCGGUGGUCAAAAUUGGAUUAGGAAAUUAUCCACAUUGUAUGCACACACACACACGUAAAAUAUUUAAACAUGGUAAUCAUUUAAACCUCAAUAAAAAAAAAUGAGUAAAAAAAUAUCAGUUUUGUGAUAUGUAAUGAAAUUUCAGUGAAAUAAUAGACAUUUUAGGGCUGUUUUUCUUUUGAAAGUGUUUUGUCGAGCGUGUGUGCCUGACUGGAGCAGCACACAACACACUGGUAAUGCACAAACAAGAUACCAGUAAUGAUGUGCUGCUAAAGCCGGACACACAAUCAUGUUUGCUGAACUGUAAUAAGAAUAAUGGAUUUUAUUUGUAUUGCACUUAACAUUUGAAUAACAAAUAGACCCAAUAUAAUCAAGUAACACAUGCUAUCAGAUUACUAUUGCUAUAGGUAUCACACAACACAUUUGUAAGUGAAUAAUCCAGUGUGCAGCAUUGAAUUGUUAUGAUAUUUAAAGAUGGGAGUAGGAGAAAGGAAUUUAUUGUACUCUCACACAUUACUGGUGGUCUCUUAACAGGUAGCUGACCGAAGGGUCAAGAAUAUUUUCUUAACUCUUGAUUUUUAGCGGUUUAAUUAAGACACUAUCCCUCCACUGAAUGACAAAUUACAACAGACGAACAUGAAAACAAUGGUCGCACUACUUGAGUGGAGAUCUGCUUUGUGAGUCAAGAACAAUUUAAAAGUAAUAUAAAUAAAACACAAAUAGCUCACCUUUCCUUUCUUUUUGUCAAAGGAGCUCUUAUGCUGAUUAAAGCUGGAGACCUUGCUCUGAACAUACAUUUCCCUACCUUUUAUUUGUGAUGUCACUCUUUGUAAGGGUAGACUAAAAAAAAAAAGCUCUGCAUUGAUUUUGAGGGUUUAGGACUGUUUUGGUCAUUUUCAUGACCACAGAUCUUGACCAUCUGUUUGCUUCUUUAAGUCGGUGGGAAUGGGCAGAAAAAGGCUUCUGCCACGGCAAAUAGAGGAGGUCAAACAAGGGGGAUCAUGGUGGUAUUCAGUGACAUGAGGAAGAACAACUCAGAAGUUCGGAAAGAGAAAAAUAAGCAGCACAACUAAUACGUAAUGAAUCGCACUAAAGGAAUCGAGAAAUGAUAACGCGUCAUUUCUUCAAAACAUUGAUUGGUUGGAUGCUCUAGAGAAGCAAAACAAUGAAAAGGGUUACAUUGUAGUGCAAAUGUGGUCUAAGAUUGAUUUGGGACAGGACAAAGGCAUGAAAAAUGUCAUCGAGAAUGGGCUUCACAUUACACAUGGGCGGCAGAUAUCAGAACAAAAUGAAGAUGCUUCAACAGAAAGGUUCUGCAAUCAAAGAGCAUGCAUGUGGAUGUCAA